AUGGAACUCAAUUUUUACGUCAACGACAUCACCGUGGCACACGACGCUAGUGCACAAGUAUACGUGAAAUUUAAGCUUACAUCAACGGAGGUUGAAAGAUCCAUAUGCAGACAUUUAUACACACACAAAAAGAAAAAUGCCAAUUACUCUCUCUCUCCUACCCUAUCUCUCACUCUCGAUCUGCAUAUACACACACACAGACAACACAAAUCAUCUACUCCUCUCUCUCAAUUACACUUGCAGACACCACCACAAGAACCAAACUCCACCUCCAUCUCUCCCACCUUCUCGAUCCGACAACCCCCCCCCCUUACACCCACAACCCUCGGAGGUCAAGAGAGCCGCCGUGUGCGGCAGCGGGACCAGCAAAACGAGGGCAGAGAAGGACGAGUCAGAGUCACGGAGAUCGGAGACGCCGGCGGCGGCUCCCAGUGGCGUGCGGCGGCGACGGUGAGAGAAACAGAAGGGAGGAGAGGAAAUAGAGAACUGGUAGUGGUAGUGAGCGGCAGUUGCAUCUCGGACCGGGUGGUCCUUGUCUUUAUCCGGCGUGGUUUCACAGCGGAAACAGAGAGAACGAGGAGAGAAAGGGAGGACCGGUGGUGGUGGAGGUCAGCGGCGGUCGGAGACUCGGACCGGUGGUCCUUGUCUCGGCCCGACGGUCUUCGUUUUUGUCCGACAUAUUACCGCCGUGGCUCCGGCUCGUGUUCGUGUGUUACAGGUUCGGUUCGGUCAGAAUCGUUCGCGUCAGAAACGGUGCGGGUUGACUCGGCCAACUCAACUCAGUCAACCGAGUCAACUCAGCAAGUCAACUCAGUCAACUCAGCGAGUUGACUCGGUCAGCUCGGUUUUCAACACGAGAAGAUGGUAAAGAUCUCACGGCGCAAUACAUUUCGUUAUUCUUAUAAUUUUAUUUAUUUCGUGAACGAGCUCAACCGAUAACUAUAGCGGCUAUUUACACUUUAAUUUGGCA